AUGUUGUUAUACUUUUAUCUAUUUAUAUAUACUAUUACACUGAUCUCUUCAAAUUGUCCUGAUAUCUUUCUUAAACCUGUUAAACAUGAUAAGAAAGAAAUUGCUCUUAUAUUUAUUCCCGGUGUUGAACUACCACCUGACCGACAUGUACCUCUAUUGACCAAUCUUCAAUAUUCUUCUGAUUAUUUAUUAUGGAUCGGCAAACCACAAUUUCCAUUUAAUUUACCUACUGAACAAACUCCUCCACGUGUUAUUGAGGAAUCCCAAGCAGAAAAAAAAUCGUGA